UCCCAGUCGCGCGGUCAGUCGAAACAGGUCAGGUUGGGCAGGUUCACUGACAGCGGUGUUACGAAAAGCAGCGUCUGUCGUUGCUACACUAUCGAAUGAAAUUUUAAUAUCGUUAUUGAGAAAAUGAAGGAGGCCCGAGUGAGUUCUAUCUCUGAAGCAGGCGCUCCGACAAAGUGAACGGGUCGAGGAGAAAGAAUCGUUGUGAGAAAUCGAGGGGCGCGUAUUAGAUGCAGUGAAGAACGAGAGUUUCCCUACGCAAUACAGUUCAUCCAAUCCAUCCGGCGAAUGUGUGUGCUGCUGGUGCCGCUGGUGUUAUAGGUUUAAGCCCCAAACCGCGGGGGAGAAUCUGGAUUGGAAUACGAGCGACUACAUUUGAGGCACGGCGCGUCGACGAGCCGAUAUUAUCGCAAAUUGUUGAAGGUCGUCGAUAAAAACCGAUUCAAUAAUGAAAAAAUUAAGAUGUUGGUCAUUCGGGGGUAUAAGCUGCAAGACCGAUCAUCAAGAAACGAGGAUUGCGACUAGGACGACCGGAAACUGCAAUGGCAAUAAUAGCUGCACGAACGCCGAAUUAAUACUCGUACGAACAACAGAAACGAGCAGCAUCAGCGGCAGCGAGAAUAUGACGUUCGAAUCGUGCAGGACAAAGUGAUAGGUCACCCUGGCGUGCAGAAGGACUGAGGGGCUUCGUCGGCCUGGGUCAUCUUCCUCUUCGGCUUCGGAGAAGUCCCAGAAGAUGCCUGGACCGACGUCGGAGCGACCCCGUGCCCACAAGCUGACGGACAUCGAGCCUCAAGCUGCAAAGGAAUUGGGAAACAACAAAACAGAUGACUUGAGUACGCCAGGAAGUUCAGGGGCCAAUAUGGGCAGCAUUGCAAGAUUUCCAAAAUUGGAUGAAUGUGCUCACUUUCACUAUGAGCAUGUCGAACUUGGAGCACUGGAGGUAUCGGUUAGCGAAGAUCCAAAUGAUGACAUGUACGAUGUCAGAGUGACUUCUGGUGACGCAUGCUGGACCCUACAACGCUCCUAUGAAAACUUUGUCAUGUUUGACAAGCAGUUGCAUCGAUGUAUAUUCGACAGGAAGUUUUCAUCGCUAACAGAGCUUUCCGACGAUCAACCAGAGAAUACUACGGUUGUGUUGAAGGAUUACUUGUCCCGAUUUUCACAGCUCAGUCAUGAGGGCUUGAAUUGUGGGCCUGUUUUAAAUUGGCUGCAACUGGACAAUAGGGGAAGAAGAAUUCUUGUUCCAGAGGCUGAUUCGUGUCCAAUUAACACGCCAGCUGUGGCUGCAGCUUAUGCUGUUAGGCCUUAUGCUGCACAAGCCCAGGAUGAGAUUUCAUUUCAGGUUGGGGACAUGAUCUCAGUAAUCGAUAUGCCACCUCCUGGGGAAAGCACUUGGUGGCGCGGAAAACAUGGUUUUGCUGUUGGUUUCUUCCCAGCAGAGUGUGUCGCUGUUAUUGGUGACAAAGUGCCCCGUCAUUUAACUGUUUCAACAACAGUAAGGUCGAAACUCCCAGUUAAGCCGGUGCUUCGAAAGCAUGGAAAGCUGAUAGCUUUCUUUAGAUCAUUUAUACUCAAUAGACCGUCAAGAAGAAGGCUGAAACAGUCGGGAAUAUUGAAGGAACGAGUUUUCGGAUGUGACUUGGGAGAGCAUCUACUGAAUUCAGGUCAAGAUGUACCAACGGUGCUUACCUGCUGUGCCAAAUUCAUUGAAACUAAUGGCCUGGUUGACGGGAUAUAUCGUCUAAGUGGAGUAACCUCUAACAUUCAACGACUGCGGCAUGCGUUUGACGAGGAUAGAGUACCAGCGCUUCAUUCAGAUGAAAGUAUACUGCAAGACAUUCAUUCAGUGGCUUCAUUGCUGAAAAUGUACUUCAGAGAAUUACCUAAUCCGUUGUGUACGUAUCAGCUAUACUCCGCUUUUGUUGGAGCAGUGCAGGCUGAAACAGAUGCAGACAGACUGAGAUACAUGAGAGAUGCAGUGCGAAAACUACCCCCACCUCACUAUAGGACACUUGAAUACCUGAUGCGACAUCUGGCCAAAGUCGCAGCUUGUGGGAAAGAGACUGGUAUGACUUCUCGCAAUGUAGCUAUUGUCUGGGCACCCAAUCUUCUUCGCUGCAAGGAGUUGGAAGUCGGUGGAGUGGCAGCUCUUCAAGGGGUUGGCGUGCAAGCUGUUGUUACUGAAUUCUUGGUGUGUUAUGCAGAGCUGAUCUUUGGUGACGGUCCUGUCGGCAGGCCUAAAUCCUUGGCUAUUACAACACCGGCUAGACUUUUGAGCCUAGAAGAGGCUAGGAGUCGUGUGCUCCGUGGUGAAUCUGAUUACAUAGAAGUUGGUGCAGGUCCAGCUGGCCUGCCUCUACACUAUCAUACGGUUAUCGAAUUGCCCAGGAAGAGACAUGGAUCAAAAAGGUCGCCGUCGUUGAAUUGGAGAGCGCUAUUCACCAGAGGUGGCUUGGGAGCUCGUGGUAAGGCCAGGCAAGCCAGAACUCCACCUCAAGUUGAGAUUCCCAGUUCUCUAAACUCGUUACGAAGACUGAGGCCAGUUAAAAGUGCCGAUAGUUUGGAUGGCGAGGAUAGUCUUGGGCCGCUUCUCGGACCACCGCCCAUUAGACCCUGUGGUCAUAGUCGUUCUAUAUCACACGAUUCCUAUUUUGAUCACUUAGCGGAUGCCCCCAGUUCUAAUUCGCCAUUGGACUUGUCAGAAAUUCAGCUGAAUUUUGAUUUGGAAGAAAGGGAAAUGAGAAUGUUCUCGGAGGAUGAAGGGGGAGGCAUUGCGUCCAUUGAGGCCUCUCCGAGAAGGCAACGGCCAGAGGGUCCACAAUGCACAGCUGUUAGUGGAGGAUCCAAAAGAAAGAGGUCCAGACUGGAAGAGCGGUUGCACUGUGACGUUGAGCUUCGAUUCAUUGAUAGCCAAAGCCCAGAUCAGGUCAUGGUUUCGGCGGAGGUGCAUGGCACGGAGACUCCUUCUCCUUUACCGACGCCAGGUUACUUGCCAUUACUUUCAGAAGCCUCGACGCCAUUAACACCUGCAACUUUACCAGGAACUCCUCCGUCUAUUUCACCGAAUCCAGCCAGCAGUUCUAGAAUAAGUUUCAGGAGUUUUACAUUACCCUUAGACAUCAGCGACAACCAAAAUAGUCAAGACAGAUCAAAGAGGGUUACAGUUUCUUCUGAUCGAAUAUCUAAUUCUAGUCACAGACUAUCAGCUAAUUACGAUAACGAAAAUGACAUAAAGUUAUGCGACAGAAUUUCAACUCCUGCCUCGGACCAAGAUAUGACACCUUGCGAGCGAAUAACUCCGACCUAUGACAGACUCACGGAAUCUUAUGACAGCAGAAUAACUGCAUCAUCCGAGGGGCAAGAAAUUUCUGAAGAAUCUUGUCAAAGGGUGUUGGAUUCACCAGAUCAAGAAAUGACACCUUGCGACAAAAUGACGAGAGAUAACAGUUGCACGAGUUAUGAUGGCACCACGUUGCCGUCUAAUGAGAUUCUUGAGUCUAGUUCAAGUUGUGAAAGAAUACUGCCGUUAAGUCCGGUCAAAACAAGCUACGAUCGAAGUAUUCCACAAUCUGAUUCUUCAGCACAUAUUGAUGAUGAUACGCAAGACAAUCAUCUGGAGUCUUCUAAUUGCCUGACAUCUUCAGAGCUGCAAGAGAACGCUUGUUCAGAAGAUAGCAGUGGAUCAAUUCUGCAUAGUGAGAAUGUUUCACAAAGUACAUCUCUUAGCUCCCAACCAGAAGAGUUAAUCGUUGAAACGCUUAAAACUCUCGGUAGUGAACCGAGUAAGUUACCAUUGACUAAUACCGAUCUCGAUUCUCCAAUGUCGUGUGAACAAGCUCUCGAAGACUUACCAGAUUCUGGUUUUGUGAUCUGUGACAGUUCUGACAGAAUGCUUACUAAUACAGAAACUCAACCAGUGACGUCAAACCCCAAUGACUCUGGAGAAUGGGUGAUGGUUGAAAGAACAUCCGAGUCUGGAGUCUCGCCAACAAGCGUUUCCAGUGAUCUUACUGAUCUUAUACAGGAAACUGUGGAUCCUGCUUUAGCGACGGAUGCACCGCAGAUACAAUCCUUGUCCGAAAACAUUUCUAGAACGUCGCUUGAUCUCACAAUGGGUUCGACUAUUGCUACGGAUAUCGAUACGUCUUGUAUUGGUAUCAGCGAAUUGACAGACAGUCCUGUAGUACAGAAAAAAGAAUCUGAAAACCUAGCAUUGCAUCAGAUUGAAGCAAAGGAAUGCAAAGAAAUGAUAGAGCAUGAUGAGCGUAUUAGUAAAGAAAAAGUUUUCGUUUCUGGCGAUCGUGGACAAGAAAAUACUUGUGUGAAUGGGACAAAGUUGUCUAGCAGCGUGCAGUUUGUGUUACGAGAUCGAUCUAGUACUUCUCACAGGGACGAAAAUGAAGCAGAACUCGUUAGUAGGCGUUCACCUGCGAAGCAUCAGUUGAAUUUAGAUUUGAAUUGUGUGAAAAAACCACUCCACGAAACUCAUUUCAAUGAUCCAGAGGUGUACUCAGAAAAUGAUGGCACAGCUAUUGAUGAAAACUAUAGAACCAAGAGCGAAGGCUCUCCCAGUAUACACACACCAUUCAAUCAGCUAGCUGAUUUUCAAUGUCAGCUUUCACCUGACAAUUCCGACAAGCAUCGAAAUAGUUCGUACAAUAAUAAAAGUCCAGAGCAUCAACAGUUUUACAGACAAACAUCUGAAAAUCGAUUACAUUGUCGCGUAAGUUCAAAAGUUCAACAAAACUAUGAUAUGCCGAACAAAUAUCAUUCUGAACAUGUACAUGAGGAAGAAAAUUACUCAGAUACGAAGCACGGUGACUCGCGACAAUCGCAAGUGAAUGUUAGAAAAACGUCGCACCUUUCUCAAAACAAUGCAGAAGUAGUUAUACCAUCAGAAAAUGCUGCAGAGCCAUGCGAAAUAGCACAUGCCCCUGAGGGUGCGUCAGAAGCACCCUCUCUAGCUUCAUCUUGUACAUUUUCCAAUGCAUCAUCACCAGUUGACGAUUCCGUUGUGCUGCGCGACACAGCUGCGAUCUUGGAAGAGUUGGCUCUGCAGAGAUUAUCAGGUGGAGGGACAAACGAUAUGCCCAUUACUCCCAGAAGGAGAUAUGACUCUGAGGUAACAAGGGACCGUAGAAGCUUCGACUCUGAAAUUGGACGAGAAAUAGUCAGGGAACGUAAGAUAAAACAAGAGUUAGAUUCUGCCAGAGGGAAGUCCGAAGAACCCCCGAACAACGGAUCUCAACAUUUACCCCCGUGCCUGAGAGCUCGCCAAGCGAGAACCACGCGUGCGGCUCUGAGUCGUUCACUGGAUGAAGCCAAGUUCAAUCGAAUGACCGGCGGCUCGUCCCUGCCGACGAAACAAGCCUCUGAAGACUCUCAGCAUAGUUCUACGCCGAAUGUAGGCUCUCAAUCUUCUAUGCUCUCGGCAAAUAGCUCGGAAAGAACGUCACAGAAAAAUUUGGGAGGUAUUGAUUUGGGGGAUCCAAGGUGCAGGGAGAGAAUAGAAAGAUAUAAAGAGGAAAGGAGAACUUUUCUAAGAGAUAAAUAUAGAUCUGAAAGCUUUCGAGGAGCAAGGUCGAGAGCUGAUGACGAAGGAGAACAAGCUCUCUUGGCUAGAUUAAAGCAGCGAGCUUCCAGGCCAUCUCUUCAUUGACCAAGUGAUAUUCAUAAGCCCCGUACUCUCUUUAUCUUUUUUAAAUAAAGAGUCUAUUGUAUUUUACGAGAACCACGUUAAUGUGGAUCUAUUAUUUAACCGUUCUCAAAGUUUGACUGAUUCUCUUUCAAUCGAUUAAUCUGCCCAAAUUUUUAAAUAACGGGCUCAUGCUUUUGUCACAGUCAUGAAUUAUUGUGGCAUUUAAUGAAGUUUGUGACAAUGAUGAAGGAGAACCAUCUGCGUUCCCCUUUGUUAGAUCGGAUUUAAUUAUCUGAGAUGUACCAGAGCAGAAGUAUGGAUUUAGGUUCUAUUUUAUUUGGAAAUAUAAUGCUAAACAUUUAUAAAUAUGGUACUUGUAAUUCUACUGUCGCUAUUGGUUUCUCAAUCUUGAUCGCGUUAUUUUGUUGAAGAUAUAAAAAUGUUACAUCUACAGGUAUGUAUUCGGAUUUCUUCAGAUUCUUCUGGACUGAAGAGGAUGUGUUAUACCAAAAAAACACCCAUUCCUCUUUAAUAGCUUUAUUACGCGACAACUGAGUUGGAAUUUAACAAAUUUUAAUUUUCUAACUCAGAUUUAUUUUUUAAUCCUGUAAUGAAUAUUGAGUACAGACCUUUGUUUUUACCUUUCAUUAUGUUACCAAUUAAAUUCAUACUGAUUAUUAAUAGCGAUAACUUUGAUGUUCGAAGUCUGAAGGUUGUGUUUGCUUUAAUAAUUAUUAGCCAAAGGAUACAGAGUUAUCCAUACCUAAUGACACCAUAUAUCUUAUUUCGUUAAUUUUUAUAUUACGUCAAUGUGUUUCCUCUUACAAUGUAUUUAUCAUUCAAUUAUUGAUAGAUUUCAUAUACUACCCAGAGCUCUGGUGCGUUUCAAUACUUACGUUAAAAAUUUCGUCAGCAAUUGAGAAAAUGAAAAACAAAUUUUUAUAAUUUACGUCUAUAUUAAGUUAAGUAUUUUAUAUAAUGUAUGUAAGAAUGUUAUUAAUUUUUCCUAUUAUGGACAGGUCCAUAGUAAUAUUAAUGUGUUUUGUACAUGCUAGUUUUUAAGUACGAGUAAGGUCAACGAUCUAAUAUAUUGACUUGAAGUUAAUUCAUUCGUUGAAUCAAUUGCUGGUGAAAAUUUUUCACGAAAUCAAGAUUACUAUUACAAGUUCAAUAAUUUUUUCAUAGGUACAAUUAUCCACAUAUUUAGACUAAUGCAUUAUUCAAGCCGCCAAAUCGCGAUUCUACCGUUCGUAGUAUGGAAAUUUACAUACAACGUUUUAUUAGCUUUACUAUAAAUAUACUAAUGCCGUUAACGAAUACUCCAAAAAUAUAUUGACAAUAUGGUGUUUGUGGAGAAUGCCGUGCAAAUACAUAAAAUAUUAUAUAAUAGGUAUAUAUAAAAACACAAACAAGAAAUCUCUCCAAUAAAAAAAUCUGUAGGCAACAAAAAAACCGGACCAUAAAUGUUCAGCCAUUAAGUCUUAUUAUUAAUAGUAUGGUAUCUCGUGAUGAUAGUACAUAGUUAUAAAUGUAUCAAAGAUAGUUAAUAGGAUAAUUGGAAAGGUAGGCUAUUGAACUGUCUAAAAAUCGCUUUAAUUGGUAAAAUUUUUUGCCUGCUUUGAUAUUUAAGACCAUGACUUUAUUUACAACUGAUUUUAGAUUCAAGUUUACAGCUUUCUGAUCAAUAUUAAAUACUCUCUAUUAUUUUUUCGCCUCCUAAAAUUCAGACGUUUUCCACGUUCGAGCAAUCCAUAAUUUCACGAAUCAUAUAACGUCAUGGUACUUAUCGAUAAUGAUUAUUCCACUCUAUAUAUUUAUAUUGCAAAAACAAAAGUUUCAAGAUUUGUCUAUCGUAGUAAUAACUCUCAUAAGGUAAUCCAGAUAUUAUUAAUGCUGUUAAGCUCGCCAUCUAAUUAUUCUAAAUCAAGUUAAAAAUUAUAAUCAACUUUCCAGUCUAAUCAUAUGUGACGGUACAUAACGCAAUGCGCAAUACAUACCGGAAAGAUAUUUAUUUUUAAUAAUUUGAAAUUCGUGAAUAGUGAUUAUAUUCAUUUUAGGAUUAUAGGCAAUUACCAACAAGGCUUUACUGCUGGCGAUAAUAUUAUA